CUCGCUCUGUUCUCGUCUGACUCGGGGUAGGGGGAGGUGGGGCGUCGCUCUGGAAGCCUGGCGCUGGGACAUCUUGUGCCCAUGAAGACCCCUGUGGUGCCCCUGCAGCCCCGCCGCCAUGAACGGGGUCCUGAUCCCUCACACGCCCAUUGCCGUGGACUUCUGGAGCCUGCGCAGGGCUGGGUCCGCGCGGCUCUUCUUCUUGUCCCACAUGCACUCGGACCACACAGUGGGCCUGUCCAGCACCUGGGCCCGGCCCCUCUACUGCUCCCCAAUCACUGCCCACCUCUUGCAUCGCUACCGACAGGUGUCCAAGGAGUGGAUUCAUGCCCUGGAGGUGGGUGAGAGCCAUGUGUUGCCGCUUGAUGAGAUUGGCCGAGAGACCAUGACCGUGACCCUCCUGGAUGCCAAUCACUGCCCUGGAGCAGUCAUGUUUCUCUUUGAAGGAUAUUUUGGAACCAUCCUCUACACAGGCGAUUUUCGCUUUACACCGUCUAUGCUGAAGGAGCCAGCUCUGACACGGGGGAAAGAGAUCCACGUUUUAUACUUAGACAACACCAACUGCAACCCAGCCCUGGUUCUUCCUACGCGACAAGAAGCUGCCCGGCAGAUUGUCCAGCUCAUUCGACAGCAUCCUCAACAUAUGAUAAAGAUUGGACUCUAUCGCCUGGGAAAGGAAUCCCUGCUGGAGCAUCUGGCCCUGGAGUUGCGGACCUGGGUAGUGUUGAGUCCUCAGCGCCUGGAGCUGGUGCAGAUGCUGGGCCUGGCAGAUGUGUUCACAGUGGAGGAGAAGGCGGGCCGCAUCCACGCCGUGGACCACACAGAGAUUUGCCAUUCCGCCAUGCUGCGUUGGAACCAGAUCCACCCUACCAUUGCUAUCCUUCCCACCAGCCGGAGAAUCCCCACCUCCCACCCCAAUAUCCACACUGUCCCUUACUCUGACCAUUCAUCCUACUCUGAGCUUCAUGCCUUUGUCUCAGCCCUGAGGCCAUGCCAGGUGGUCCCCAUCAUCAGGCACCAGCCCUGGGGCAACUACUUUCAGGACAGCCUGAGCCCCAGGCUCUCCUUGCCUCUGAUCCCAGACUCUGUGCAGCAGUACAUGUGUUCCUCUUCUAGAAAGUCCAGAUUCCUCUGGCUGUGGGAAAGGAGGCUGAAGAGGCCGAGGACCCAGGGUGUUGUGUUUGAAUCCCCUGAGGAAGAUGCUGAUCCAUCUCAAGCUAACAGAGACCCGAAGAAAAUCAAGAAAGACAACCUUUCUCCUUGGCCUGGGGACCUUGAAAAGCAGCCUUCCCAUGCUCCUUUGCUAGUCCAGAAGCAGUUGUUUGCAGACGUCUGCAGCAAUGAAUGGGAUGGGUCAGUCCCUCUCUCUGCGUCCCAGAAAGUGGUGACAGAGUUGACUGCCCCUGUGGGAUGUUCUGUGCAGUUAAGGGCUGUGGAUGAGGAGUUCAUCUCUCCAGACACCAGGGAGGAAAUCAGUUUAAGGCCCCUGGUACCCAGGGGAGACUGUAGCCCAGAAACCUCAGGAAACCUCAGCACUUGGGUGGGCCAUGACUCUCCCCUGUGUCAUAGCAAGGCUGCCCCUCUUCUAGCUGCCAAGUUCAAGGGACUGGCUCUGAAGUAUCUCCUGACUCCAGUGAACUUUUUCCGGACAGAGUUCUCUUCCAGGAGUUUUGACCAGCAAGUGGAAAAAUACCACCAGCUCUUACAGAAACAUACACAGGAGAGUACAGCAUAACAGCGCUCUUCGAUCCCACACUGCAGUUUCAAAGACAGUGGAGUUUAUUUGGGGCUUGUCCAUGUAUCUUUACUGGAUCCUUAUGGGUUUGCCCUGGAGCAGUAAUCCCCAGAACUUGAGCUUGUUUAUUGGAAUCUUGGCACCUAUGGGAUCCCUAGUUGUGCCGAUGACUGUUUAUAAAAAGCUUUUCAUUGUAAACUCUUUGGUGUGUGCACAGCAUGUUAAAGGUUCUUAGAGGUCUUCAGUAACUUAAUCUGUUUAACCCAGUAUUGCUCAGGCUUUUGCGAACAUGCAAUCUUCUUGCGUGGGUACAGGAAGAGAUGAAUCUGAAUUUAAAAGGAGCACAUCAUUCCCACUGUUCUUUUGUGUGCUCGGUGGCACAUAGCAUGCCCCCUCACCCUCCUCCUUCAGUGAAGGAGGAGCUCUAGUUUUUAAUUGAGAACUGUGGUGCUGGAGGAUAAUCAUUAAUCAUGAACUGUGGUGCUAGAGGCUAAAGCGGUGGCUCCAGCAGCAGGUUCCUCUCCUGUGUUCCGAACUUGCUGUGACCCCAUCCAAGUCACUUCCUGCCUCUGCCUCUGGGAGGGAACAGGAAGCCAUGAAGAGAGCUUGCUUGGAACAGGGGUGAAAAAUUCCACCCCUGUCUCCCGCAUCAGGCUGUGCAAUUAGUGAGCUGGGGGAACCUUCUGGAACAGAGCCAGUUGGGGGGCGGGGAGGCUGGGCAGCACUCAAGGCAGCAGUACCGGGAAUCCAUGUGACCAUUAAGGCCUAGGGUAUGACAGCCGUGACAGGACUCCCAGUUAUGUGGAGGCCCUGAUUAUUUGGCUGAAAUAGUUACAAAAGAUCAAAUGUGCUGCCAGAUAUUGCUCUGAUUGUUCACAUAGCUGGGAUGUUUGUUGCUCCCCCCACCCCCUUGGUUUGAGGAAGGAGCCAGAGCACACAGCCUGUUUGUUUUAGUAUCCAGGGAAGAGACCACGGAACCAGCUGGCUGGAAGGGAUGGGAUGUGCAGUGCUGCCCUGUCCUUCUGUUCCCAACCUGACAAAGUGCCAAGCCAGUAAGCAGGAUGAGAAAGUGGGCUUUAAGAAAGGCCACAGAUCCAUGGAGCUGGGCAGGUGGAUAAAACUGCUUCAGAAUGAAACCGCCCAUCUUAGCCUGCAGAAGGCUCAGUUUCCUAGCCCGGGGAAGGAAGUUGUUACUUUUGGAGGGAGCAGUGAAGAGUUUAGGAGGCAAAAUAAGGGCUUGCUUUUGGACAAGCUGUUUUAUCAGUGACCUUCACCGUGAGCCUCCUGAGGGCCCACCAGGAACGGUGGUACAGGAGGCAUGCAGUACAGCAGGAAACCUGGCCCCUGGCUGUGCUUGAAUCCAGGGCACCCUCUGCAAAUUGCUUGGUGGAGCCUUGGGCUCACAGGUAUUAAACAGGGAUGAGAUACCUGCUCAUCAUUGCUAUGGCGCGUCAAUAACAGUAAAAUUCUGGUUUGGUAUGUGCCACAU